AAGAUACAAUGGGAAUCAAUUUUCUAUAGGCUCCCACAACUAAAAACAAAUGCAUAGUUUGUCAUAACAAGAAUAGAGUUUGUAAAAAGAACAAUUAAUUCAAAAGUGUAUAAAAGAAUAGAAGAAUUUUUAAAUUAAACUGCAAAUGUUUUCGAAAUGUAAUAAUAAAAAAAAAAUAAUGAUGUGCCUGAGUGAUUAGCAAACAAAACUGCAUAUAAAAAUAAAGCCAACCAAUGCAUGAUAAAAAUAAAUGUAUAAAAAAUAAACUAUAAACUGACCGCAAGUUAAACAUACGAGUACUGAAACUCUGCUGCUUACCACCCAUUCCCUUCCCUUGUUAGCACUUUACAGGCUUUACAAAAUAAAAUAUGCAGCAGCAGCAGCAAUCAACAUUUAAUAAUUACUCUCCUCAUUCGCCACAAACACCAGAUUCUGCGGGCAUUCUUAUCGCCAAUGCAGGCUCAGCAGCCAACGAACGUAGAGGCCAGAAAAACAUUAUGAAUUGUUUUCGCGAUCGUACUCCCAGUUAUACGCGCUCGAACAGUAACCUCACACGUGUUAACGUUUUAACAACCACCAAACCUUUGAACUCCCGACCUGAGGCACAAGUUUUACACAAUCAGCCCCGUCCUAGACCCAUUAAGCUAACUUUAUUAAAAAGUUCCAGCACCAGAGACUUGACACGGCUCUACGAAUUGGAUGUUAAUACUCAAAUACCACUCACACCCAUAUCAUCCGCCUCUUCAACGGAUUUACAUAAAAUGACUUCAUCCUCCUCUUCUACUAGUUCAUCCUACAAUACUAAUUGUUCAUCGGCACAGUGUGCAGCACGUUUACAGAAAUUGGAACUGAAAAUAGAGGAAUUGGAAAAGCAAUUGCUUAAUCAAGACAAGACAACCAAGGCAAUGGCUAUUCAGGUGCAAGAUUUGUGCAAGAAAUUUGAACAAUUUUCUAGGGAGCAGCAGCAGUUGCAGCAAACUCCAACUAAACCCAAAAAGUCUGCAAGCAUGAGAUUGGUGAAAAAAGAUUCCACAGUGGGAGCCACAGUACAGCCCUCAAAAUUGGCAGCCUGGUUAAAGCUGUCCAACUUUUGGAAACAACGGCCCAGUAUACAGACACUGAAGGAGCAGAAUAUUUAUAAUGAUGAGCCCUGUUUCGAUACUGAAAUCGAAUUGGUGUUAAAAGAUGAAGUACACAAAACUGUGCCCAAAAUUGUGGUCGAUUGCUGUCAAUUAAUCGAGGAUAAGUAUCGCAAGUCCAGCGAACCGAUUGAGGGUAUAUAUAGACAAUGUGGGGAUUAUAAUAAAAUGCAGGCCUUAAGAUUUAGCAUAGAUGCCAAUGAUUAUAUGGCCUUGAGGCAAACCAAUGUGGAUAUACAUACUUUGGCUGGAGUGUUGAAAUUAUUUUUAAGAGAAAUCAAAAGUCCCUUAGUAUCGGCGAAUGAGGCUAAAACAUUUAUAGGCAAACCCAAUCAGUGGUUGUUGACUGAUUUGCCUAGUAAAUUGGAAAUCUUAAAAAGACUGAUACGUUCCCUGCCGGAAGUGAAUCGUGAUACUAUGGAAUAUUUAUUUGCACAUUUCAAUAAAUUAACCAAAGUACCUUUACAACAUAUAAGUGCCGAAACGUUAUCAUUGUCUGUAACACCCUCCAUAUUUCAUAGCGUACAAUCAGGUGCCCGCAUGCAAGACAUACACCUGCUGCUAAAAGAAAGUGAAAUUCUGGCCGAUUGUGUUAAAAUCAUGAUCGAAUAUCAUCAAAAAAUAUUUCAAUGCACUUCGGAUCGUAAGCAACAGAGAAAUCGCAUUAGCGUAAGGAAUUUGAAGAAAACUCUGUCACAUCCGGAUUUAUUAUUUCAAAAUUUAUUUUGAUUUUAAAUAAUUGAACAAAAAGUAUUAUUUUUAAAAUCUAUUUAUAAGGAAAUACUCAAUGCAAAGCAAUGUAAUGUAAAUGGAAUUGAAUAAAGAAACAUAUUUUAUAAUUUAAAGGAAA